AUGGCAGCGUCAUCGAAUUACGUUAUCGAAGUGCGAAUUGAUGUUCUUAAAACAUUGAAAAUUGCUGGAUUGGCAACUGGAGCCAUAGCAGCGAUUGGUUUGGGUGUGUAUUAUUUUCACCAACGAACUCAACGUGCUAAACGCGUCACUUUCCGAGAGGAAGUCAAACAUAUUCUUGAGCCUUUUCAAUUAACCGACGAGCAACUUCGUCGUGUUAUGGCAAAUUUAAAUACGGAAAUGACCAAUGGUUUACGAUCCGAUGAUGAACGAGAGAAGAAUGAUUUAGCGAUGUUUCCAACUUAUGUUCAUCAUGGUCCAAGUGGUCAAGAAAUCGGGGAAUACUUAGUCGUGGACUUAGGUGGCUCGAAUUUUCGUGUGUCACACGUGAAUAUCGAAGGACGAAAUCGCAUACGAUUGAACAAUAAAAUAUUUCUUAUUCCUCAUUCGCUGCUGUUGGGUGAAGGUGACAAAUUGUUUGAUUAUAUUGCUGAGUGCUUACAACGAUUUAUUGAUGACAAUAAAUUAGCCUUACAUAAACCAGCUGACUACAAAUUUGAUCUGGCGUUUACAUUCAGUUUUCCAUGUAACCAAACAAGCUUACGACAAGCCAGAUUGGUAUCAUGGACAAAAGGUUUCAGUUGCACCGGUGUUGUGGGUAAUGAUGUGGUUCUUUUACUGCAACAAGCCAUCGAUCGUCAUAAAGGACUAAAUAUCCAAGUCGUAGCUUUGGUUAACGAUACUGUCGGCACACUGAUGGCAUGUAGUUCGAUAUAUCGUGAUUGUAAAGUAGGUGUUAUUCUCGGCACAGGAUACAAUGCAUGCUAUUUCGAAAAUGUCGAUAAUGUCCCGAAGUGGAAAGGAGUACGAGAUCAAUCAAGAAAACAAAUUGUUAUCAACACAGAAUGGGGUGCGCUCGGAAAACAUGGCUGUUUGGACUUCAUUCGAACCAGUGUUGAUCGAGAAUUGGAUGAAUCUAGUUCGACACCAAAUCAACAAGUUUUUGAGAAGAUGAUUUCUGCACUCUAUCUUGGAGAAAUUGUUCGUCUGAUAAUUGUCGAUUUGGUUCAACGUUCAAUACUUUUGCCUGGUCGUAUGCAAAAAACGCCAAGUCUUCGAUCAGAUUACAACAUUUUCCUUAUUCUACGAGGUAGUUUUUACGCAAAACACGUGGCCGACAUCGAAUCGGACAAUACGGAGGACUUAUCAGUAACAUCGUCUAUUCUUACUUCUAUUGGCAUCCAUGAUCCAUCCUAUGAUGAUUGUUAUCUUAUUCGAGAAGUUUGCCGAACUGUCUCACUUCGAGCAGCUAAAUUAGCUGCAGCCGCUAUUGCUGUUUUGGUCAAUCGUCUCAAUCAACCGUCAGUGACUGUCGGUAUUGAUGGAACAUUGUUUCGUCAUCAUGAAAAAUUCAAAAAGAAUCUGGCACGUACACUGAGUCGACUCGUACCUCGCACGCAUCGUUUGGUUCUUUCUGAAGAUGGUUCAUCAAAAGGUUCAGCCUUGGUUGCUGCCGUCGAUCGACGUAUGAGAGAAACUGGCUUCUCUUCGUAA